GAUUCGCCAGAAACCUUCCUCAAAACAAAUAAAAAUACGAUUUUCAAUUACUUAUUCAAUAAGUAAUGUAGAUAUGUACAUUUAUUUAUGUAACUCUUAGGGUAUUACGUUUUAUUUUACAAACAUGGCGACGUCAACUGCAGGUGGGACUUCCUCCAUCUUCAUGUGUAAACUGUGCAACCUGUUCUCUCCACACCGAGCACAGCUCCUCUCCCAUGUGUCUGAGAAGCACCACACAGAGGGGCUCAACCCUGAUGACAUCAUUGUGGCCCUCAUGCCAUUGACAGCUCCACUGGAGAAGGGUGGAGGUGAGCACCUCCUCAAAGCAACCAGGGAUACUAAGGGUGGAGAUAGCCCUGUUAAGAGAAAACGAGGACGUCCUAAGGGCUCAACCAAGAAGAUUGUAGCUGAUGGGCCCAAUGCAGAGACUACUAGCCCCAACCAGAAAAAGCAGAAACAACAGACAGUAGAGGCCCAAUCAGAAGCUGGGCCAGUGGACGAGGAAGAACCAGAGGACGACAAUGCCCUGGACUGCAAGAAGUGCAACCGAGUGUUCGGCAACAGACGACAGAUCAUGAAACACAUCUGCUUGAUAGACCUCAGAGAGGAUGAGGAUCAGGAGGAGGACAAUGACAAAGAGUUUGAGGCUCAACCUGGCGCAGCAGAAGGCAAAGAGGAGGAUAGGGAGAGAAGCUCAAAGAGGCCACGGCCACUCCGCUCUGAGAAGGUUUCCCUUGUGAAGGAGCAGGAACCAGCAGGAGGCACCAAGAACCCCAUCAUCAGUGUGGUUCUGACCGCUCAUGAGGCACUUCCUGGUGCGACAAGGAUAGUGCCGAUCGAGGCCACCCCGGCUGAGCCGGUUGCUACAGCAGACACAGACCCUCAGGAGGCAGGACAGAAGAGAGGAUUUCAGGAAUAUUCCAUACAACAAGCUGCUUAUGAAGUGCCAUUAAAGUCAAACAGAAUAGGCCAGACCCAGUUGAAGAUCUUCACCUGCGAAUACUGCAACAAGGUCUUCAAGUUCCGCCACUCCUUGCAGGCCCAUCUGCGAACCCACACCAACGAGAAGCCCUUCAAGUGCCCACACUGCGACUACGCCAGCGCCAUCAAAGCCAACCUCAGCGUUCACAUGCGCAAGCACACGGGAGAGAAGUUCAGCUGUGAACACUGCUCCUUCCAGUGCCUCAGCAAGGGCCACCUCAAGGUGCACGUGGAGAGAGUUCACCACAAGAUCAAGCAGCACUGUCUCUUCUGCAAGAAGAAGUACUCUGAUGUGAAGAACCUGCUCAAACACAUGAGGGAGAGCCACGACCUAGAGGACAAGAAGGUGAAGGACUCGUACCAUGAGUACAGUCUACAGACCAGAGAAGGCAAGAGGCAGCUCCUCUACGACUGCCAGAUCUGCGACCGCAAGUUCAAGAACGAGCUGGACCGUGACCGCCACAUGAUGGUCCACGGUAGCGAGAGGCCGUUCGGCUGCGAGCUGUGUGACCACGGCUGCACCAAGUUCCAGGCUCUCCAGGCUCACGUCCGUAAGCAUCCCUUCCUCUACGUGUGUGCCGCCUGCCAGCAGAAGUUUGUCAGCUCCGUGCGGCUGAAGGCCCACCUGAAGGAGGCUCACCCAGAGUCAGAGGAGGCGGCUGGGUUCUCAGAGUCCAUCAACAGCAGCUUCUGUCUGCUGGAGCCGGGGGACGACAUCAAGAGAGAGAUGCUGAGGCAGGAUGAGAUCAGAAUGGCUGAGGAGCUAUCUCUACUCAACGCCCAGCAGGAGCAGGAGGAGGCCCUCGCUGGUGACCCUUCAGAGGAGCAGGAGGAGGCCCUCACUGGUGACCCUUCAGAGGAGCAGGAGGAGGCCCUCACUGGUGACCCUUCAGAGGAGCAGGAGGAGUCCCUCACUGGUGACCCUUCAGAGGAGCAGGAGGAGGCCCUCACUGGUGACCCUUCAGAGGAGCAGGAGGAAGCCCUCACUGGUGACCCUUCAGAGGAGCAGGAGGAGGCCCUCACUGGUGACCCUUCAGAGGAGCAGGAGAAGGCCCUUGGUGAUGAGCCUUCAGAGGAACAGGGAGAGGGGCUGGGGGAUGAGGAGGAACAGGUGGUCCCUGAUCCGGGCCCUGAGGGGCAGACUGUAGAGACAUGCGUGUUGAACCAACCUGUACAAGAGACUGAGACUCUACAAGACAGAACUGAGCCAAUCAGUCCUGAACAAACCCAGACAGCAAGCAAAGGCACGACCCAGGAAGUAAUCAGUGAGGAGAGACUUGAUAAGACACUGGUGGAGGAAGACAAGCCUCAUGGGGAGAAUAACGUCAUUGUGGCUGAACAAGAUACUUUGGUAGAAAGGCCUUCAGGCAAGGAGGAGUCAGUGGGCCACCAGCAGCAUCCAGAAGAAGACAAAAGUUCUUCAUCAACAUCACAAGGUCAUGUUGAGGAGACUCUCCGGUCUUUGGUUCUGAUUCAGGGGGAGGUCAUAGGUCAAACAAACGCUUCAGCUGGCCCACAAGGAGAAGAUGGCACAACGGAGGAGAGGAGCGCUUUCCAACAGAUUCUAGAUAAGUUGCAGAAAAGGCAGCUGAACAUGGUUGUCUUUGACAGAAUCCGAAAAGUAUACGGGGACCUGGAAUGUGAAUACUGUGGAAAGCUCUUCUGGUACCAAGUGCACUACAACAUGCAUGUGCGUACUCACACAAAAGAGCAUCUACAUUACUGUACCCAGUGCAGCUAUUCUUCCAUCACCAAGAACUGUCUGAAGCGACAUCUGAUCCAGAGACACAGUAACAUCCUGCUCCAGUGCCCCAUGGAACACUGUCAGUACUGCACACCUGACAAGUACAAGCUGCAGGCCCACCUCAAAACACACUUUGACAACGAGAAGAAAAGCUUUGCUUGCCCUGUGUGUGAGGAAACGUUCACUGAAGAUAAACUUAAACAUCAUAUCAAGAACUUUCAUCCAGAUACGCCGAUGAACACCAUCUCCGAGACGCUUGGGGUGAGGGUGCAGAUGAAGGGCUUGAUCGGGAAGAGAGCUUCUAAGUGUCCUUACUGUGACAGCUACUUCAUGAGGAACGGAGCUGAUCUGCAGCAGCACAUCUGGGCUCACCAAGGAGUGAAGCCCUUCAAGUGUUCCCUGUGUGACUACGCCAGCCGCAGUAAGAGCAACCUGAAGGCCCACAUGAGCAGACACACCACGGAGAAGACACACCUGUGUGACAUGUGUGGCAAGAAGUUCAAGUCCAAGGUCACUCUGAAGAGCCACAAGCUGAUGCACACAGAGGACGGUAAGCAGUUCAAAUGUACAGAGUGUGAUUACAGCGCUGCACAGAAACCUCUACUGGUACGACACAUGGAGCAGCACGCCUCUUUCAAGCCCUACCGCUGUGGCCACUGUCACUACUCCUGUAACAUAGCAGGACCCCUGAAGAGACAUUACAGCAAGAAGCACCCCAACCAGGAGUACUGUAACGCAGGGCCUGGGCCAGCCACCUCUGAGGCUGUGGAGCAGCAAGGUGGAGUGAAGUGUCCCGUGUGUGACUAUGUGUACGGUACCAAGUGGGAGAUGAACAGACACCUGAAGAACAAGCAUGGCCUCAAAGUGAUUCAGAGUGACGUGCUUGGUCUCAACCAAUGGGAGGUGGUGGAGCAGUCGGUGGAGGAGCCCCUUACCCAGUACCUCCACAUCACUGAGACAGAGGACCCUCAGGGGACCGAAGCUGCCGUGUCGGCCCUCCAGGACCUCAGGUUCACAGAGAACGGGGUGGUGUCGACCACCACAGAAGGGCUGGAUCCCACAGCGGUUAACAUCCUGCACCAGAUCAUUGAGCUGGGGGCAGAGUCUAAUGAUGCCACAGCAGCCUCCAUGGUGGCCAUGGUCCCUGGCAGAGUGACCGUGGUGGAGCAGGUGACUGAGGAGGAGGAGCAGGGGAGCCACACUGUGAUGAUCCAGGACCCCUUCCAGCAGACAGCCUCCAUGGGGCUGGGUGAGGAGCACCAUCUGGUGGUGUCGUCUGAUGAUGUGGAGGGCAUGGAGACGGUCACCGUGUACACUCAGGGAGAGGACGCCUCCCAGUUCAUUGUCUAUGUCCAAGAGGCUGUGCAGACCGAGGAACAUACUGUGGAAUCUAUCUGAGCAGGACAGAGCGUUGGUGCAGGCAUGGAGGAGCAGUCAACAGUUUCAUCCCGGGUCAUUCAGUAGGUGGAAGACGGGGAGAUGUUACCUGAACUUGUCCAAUUAGAACAUAGAUUUGUAUUGUUCCGUUGCUAGACAUUUUUCUACAGUGUGCCCUAUUGAACUCCACCCUGGCUUGCUCUAUGAAACCCACAACCAAUCUCCAAUGGCUUUGAUUGGAAUAACAUAGUGGCUUGAAAUGUAUCAUUUCAUCGCUUAUGCCUUUUCUCUGUGAUUAGCAUUUCCUUAUGUUAAUUCAACUUAAUAUAUCAAAGGCUUUUCUUAGAAAACAAGAUUGGAAUGUACUUUUUAUACAAGUGUAUAAGUAAUUUAGUAAGGGAAUAAAAUGUGGAUAAUUCAAAUAUUCAUGGCGGGAUUCAAUCUGUAACGCUGUCGACAAUGAGCCUUUGAAAGGCUAUGUUACCGCGUUCACAGAGAUCCCAUUCAAGGCAAACGCUGCAGAGGUCAUCUUAAUCGGAAAUGACCUUUUAAAAUGACAAGAGCCUUUUCAGAUUACAUCUCAGCCUUACAACAUAGUUGCAGUUUUGGCAUGAUGUGCCUUUAAUGUUUACAACGGAUCAUUUACAGGACUGGAUUCUUUAUAGGACUAGAUUGUUGAUCAUGUUUUUCUAUACACCCCCCCAUCCUGUUGACUAAUAUUUCUACACCUAUUGGAAUGGUAGUCAAUGAACAAUUAAAUGGAUCAUGACAAACU